AUGAGGGCUAGUUCAUCCCCAACAUUAUUUUUCAUGUUCAUAAUAUUUUUGCCCCGCUUUGUUACACCUGAGGAUGGAGCUGUCUACGAAUAUAAUCCACAUAAUUUUAAGGGACAAAUUGAAGAUAUGGACGGAAAUUUCAUUAUGUUUUAUGCUCCAUGGUGUCGCCAUUGUACUGAGUUUGAACCAAUAUGGUCAGAAUUAGCAGAACUUGUAAAUACAAAAAAUUCAAAAUUUGCAAUAGCUCAAGUUGAUUGUACAUUGCAUUCUCAACUUUGCCAGGAAAAUGACAUAACAGGCUACCCUACAUUGAUGUAUUACCAUAAGAAUUCAUUUUCACCUUUUGAAUACAAGGGUUCCAGAGAUCUGCCAUCCUUGACAUUGUUUCUUAGUGAAGUUUUUACUUCAAGAUCCGAGCAUCUCAAGGAAAAAGAAAAGGCAUCUACUGAAGUUAAAAUAUAUAGUGGCAUGGCAUAUUUGACAGAUCAAAAUAUUGAGAAGUUUGUGUCUAAAGGGCAACAUUUUGUUAUGUUCUAUGCACCUUGGUGUAAAGCUUCACAGAGACUAGCGCCAAUAUGGGCAGAAUUGGCAGUCCAAUACGCUCAUAACGAGUACAUACAAGUGGGGAAGGUGAACUGUAUGGACAAUGAGAUGACCUGCAUAAAUUUCGAUAUCAAACAUUAUCCACAUCUUCUAUGGAUUGUCAAUGGGAGGAUUAUGGGCAUAGCUGAAGCAGAAACCUUAGAUGACCUCAAGGCAUUUGUUGACAAGAUGGUCUUGGCUGAAAAUCAUGACCCAGAGAAGUUCAUGAAGAAAAAGAAAGCACUACCAGUUGCCAGAAUAACUGACGAGACAUUUGAAACAUUUUUAGAAAAAGAUUUGGUUUUCAUAAACUAUUUUGCUCCAUGGUGCGCGCAUUGUAUGCAGCUCAAUCCACUGUGGUUGAAACUCGGAGAGAGGUUUCAGAACGAAAGUCGUGUGCUGAUAGCGGAUAUCGAUUGCGUGCGCUCGAAGAAUAUUUGUGAGAUGGAAAAGAUUAAUGGUCUUCCCACUCUAGUCCUUUACAAGCAUAAGAAAAUAGUGAGUGUAGAACACGGCGGAAGGCCAUUGGAGAGUCUGAUCACUCUGGUGAACGAGCAUCUUCAGAACAAGACGCAUUCGUCAGAUGAAGAUAAGAAGCCAAGUGAAGAAAAAGCCCCAACCAAAGAUGAACUAUAA